AUGCAGUCAACUCAGCCAAUUCCAGCUCUGUUCUCAGAUCUUAACUCCCUGGACACAGAAGCUUCAUCUGGUGCAAAUCUUCUCCAGAAUCAAUCUUUGAUGGAGAACGCCACCGCGCCCAGCGGCGCCGGCGUGUUCGGAUCCGACAAAAUCGGGGGCUUCGGCUACGGCAUCGGCGUCUCCAUCGGCAUGCUCGUCCUCAUCACCACGCUUACUCUCGCGUCCUAUUUCUGUACUCGGGCCAACACUGCAGCAGCAGCAGCAGACGGCGCGGCGCCGGCUGUGGACGUGGAGGGCGGCGUCGACGAAGCGACGUUGAAGAGCUACCCGAAGAUGCGGUACGCGCAGGCGAAGGUGGCGGGGAUCAGUGGCAGCACGCCGGCGGCGGCGUGCUGCUCGAUUUGCUUGUCGGAUUACAAGGAGUCGGACGUGGUGCGCGUGCUGCCGGAGUGCGGGCACGUGUUCCACUUGCGGUGCGUUGACCCGUGGCUGAGGUUGCGGCCGACGUGCCCGCUCUGCCGAACGUCGCCGCUCCCCAGUCCCCUGCCGUCGCCGCUCGCUGAGGUUGUGCCUCUUUCCGGUGAGGGAAGACAUGGAUAG